GCACAUUACAUCAUCAUGAAAUUCUACGUGGGACUGACGGCAAUAGUGGUAGUGAUGGUUUCCUUGACUCAGCCAGGAGAGGCCACCUUUGGCAAGCUCAACCUCCUCUUGGGCGGAGCAUCCACGGCUGGCUAUGGAUCUGGAUAUGGUUAUGGCUCUGGUUAUGGUUCUGGCUAUGGAUCUGGCUACGGAUAUGGAUCGGGCUAUGGAUCAGGAUAUGGUGCCGGCUAUGGAUACGCUCCCGAGAACGUGGUGAAGGUGAUCAAGGUCUCGGUGGUGCCAGGCGGAGGAGUUGGAGGAGGCUACGGCGGUGGCUAUGCUGGAGGCUAUGGCGGUGGUUACACUGGAGGCUAUGGUGGCGGCUACUCUGGUGGUUUUGUGGGCGCUGCUCCGGCCAUAUCCACCUCCGCCGUCGUUACUCCGGUGGUCACUGCGGUGUCCACGCCGGUGGCUACUCCUGUUCUGGCCGGUGGUGCCGGGUAUGUGAGUGGUUUCGGUGGUGGCCUGACCGGAGGCUUGGGUAGCUAUGGGGGCUUGGGCGGCUUGGGUGGCUAUGGGGGCUCCCUCGGCGGUGGUGCCGCCCUUCCGGCCUCCUACGGAUUUGGAGCCGGCUAUGGAGCUGGCGGUGGCUUUGGACUAGGAUUUGGAGCCCCACCACCACCACUGGGUCUGGCCGGAGGACUCUGCUAGAAGAUGACGAUACGGAAACCACA